AUGUUCUUCCUCCAUAACCUCGAACGCCGGGUUACCCUGCAUCCAUCCUAUUUCGGCAGGAACAUGCACGAGCUUGUGACGACGAAGUUGGUCAAGGACGUGGAAGGUACAUGUGCCGGUGAUUACUACAUCAUCGCCAUCAUGGAUGCGUUCGACGUUAGUGAGGGUCGCAUCCUCCCCGGAAACGGCCUGGCCGAAUUCACUGUCAAAUACCGUGCUGUGGUUUGGAGGCCGUUCAAGGGCGAAGUGGUCGAUGCCAUUGUCUUCUCGAUCAACCCUCACGGUUUCUUCUGCCAAGCUGGCCCGCUUUCCAUCUUUGUUUCCUCUCACUUGAUGCCCGAAGAAAUUCACUUCGAUCCUAAUGCGACGCCUCCUCAAUUCACCAACAACGCCGAUAUGGUUAUCGAGCCCGGUACACACGUGCGCGUAAAGAUUGGCGGCUUGAGAACCGAGUUGGGCGAGAUGUAUGCCAUCGGCAGCAUCAAUGGAGACUUCCUCGGAUGUCUGCAAGCAUAA